AAUGUACCUAAAUAGUAUUUAACUGAAUAAUCUACGACGUUUGAGAUUACCUAUUAUACCUUAUAAUAUAAAAUACAAUUUUAUUAUAAUAUACAUGUAGAUUGUAUGUAUAUAAACAACAACUGCCAAUGUAUAGGCAGCGUAUACCUAUAUAUCACAGUUGCUAUAGCAAUCACAGAAGUAACAUGUAAACAUUUUCUUGCCGGUACCACAGUAUAUAUCAUAGGGAUAGGGUCCGGUGUAAUUGUUGUUAUUGUUAUUGUAUUAUUAAUGUGUAAUAUUGUACAACAAGCAAUAGUCGUUGGUGUUAUAUCGAUACAUCAGCCCGAAAGGUGUAAACUAAACUUAUGAAACGUAAAAUAAGUAUAUUAACUAUGUAGAAAUGUGGUGUAUAAUAGUACAUAGUUUGUUCCUACUUCUUAUAAAAUAAAAAAUUAUAUAUUGUAUGCAUAUAUAAUAUUAUGUUCGAGAACGAUAUAUUUUAAGAUGACUUUCAACAUUGAUCAUCAGGCCGUCAACUUCCAAUACUGCAACUUGGCGGUGCAGGAAGUUUCACAGUUUUCCGAUAAGAAUCUAGAAGAUUACAGUAUUGUUAGUAGAAAACAGUUGGAUAGAAUCGUUAGAAAUUCCGAAAGACACUUGACAGAAGAUGAACAUCGUUGGUUAAUUAAACGAGACUGUAAAAGAGUGAUAUCAGAUAUAAACAAGUGUGCGCGCAGGAAAAAGUCGAUACACAUCGACCGAGGAAUAUCGUCGAUCAUCGAUCGGCGCGCGCUGCGACAGGAUGAAGAAUUUCGCUGCGAAAACGCGGUUGCCAUCAAUGACGUUUUAAAUAUCUGCCGUAACACAUCGUGUGAUGCAAGAAUCAACACUGUCGUCAAUAAUUUCACUGUUAUAAAUGUACAACAGUUGAACGUCAACAUCGUCAAUAACAAUAUUAAUUACUAUAAAAAUGAUUAUAAUAAUCACGAUGGCGAAUCGGCGACGAUAUUCGAGUGCUCGGAAAACGAUUGCAGAGAUGAUCGUACGACUACUACAAGUGACCGACAUCAUGAUACGGGGAGCGAGAAAAAUGGACCUAAAGCACUGGAGAUGUGUCUGCUACAGAGGGUUUACUGGGAUAGGUGGCGGGAUUACGCGACAAAGUCGAAAGCGUCUCGGGGCCUCGAAAGGACGAACGAUAAAGUCGACAAGUUUUUGUUGAAAAUUCAAGAAAAAUUGGACAAGGAUAAUCGUCGGCGGAAGAAUAAAACGCUCGACAACAAUAAACAGACGUGCAGUGCGUGGAACCGCGAGGCACCGACGACGAAGCGGACCGCCAGCCGCGACCGUCAGCAGGCAAAAAUCGACGAACAGAAAAAAUUGCUCGAGAAACAGCGGAUGGAAAUCGAACGCCUAAGACUGCAACAGUUGAAAUUAGAAUCUGAAAAGGCGUUACUUGAAAAUCAGAGGCUGUUGCAGGACCUGCACCAUUCCGGCGGGUUCGAGAAGAGGGCGAAAACUCGAAACUCGCAGCCGGUGCAGCAGAGCACCGUCGCGGCGAGUCCGUCCGACAUACUAAACCGGAUGGAAGUGCGGGCCCUGGAGCGCCGAGCCAAGUGGGAGGCGAUUAAGGAGAGGCGUCGGAAGGCGGAACAGGAAGAGUUGCGGAAAAAACGUGAGCUUGAGGAGAAGUGCGUGAGGGAACGGAUGGAGCAGAAACGCGAGCGAUUGCUUGAGGCCAGAGAAAACCUGAGACUGAGGACGAUCGAAGAGGACAGACGGAAGGCCGAAAGGGAAGCGUGGCGGGAGAACGUUCGGAUCGCGGACGAUUCGUAUCGUAAACUGUUAAUGAGGAGAGGACUCGAAGCGUUCAGAACGAAUUUGAACUGUGCCAGGUGGCGGGCGGAAGAGGCUUCGGAUCACUAUGACAGACAGUUAGUAGGCACUUGCUUCAGCAAAUGGCGGUUUUACGUCAACAAUAGUUUGAACGAAAAAAUAUUUUUGGCUGAACAGUUUUACAAGCGGAAAUUAAUGAAGAUGAUAUUUCUCGGAUUUUAUGAGAUUUUAGAAGAGAAAAAAAAGAAACAACAAGUAGCCGAGGAUUGGUACAAUUUUAAGAUCGAAGAAUAUUGGUUUACAAGAUGGCGUGAUUAUGUUAGAGAAAUUAGAGUUCAAACACAAACAAAAAUGUUGAAAGCAGAAUCUUAUCAUAACAAGAUAAUAAUGAAGCAUUGUUUUGAUAAUUGGAGAAAGUUUCCUGAAAUAUUAUACAAGGAAAGGCUUAAAGACUGUCGACUACGUAUGUGGCAUGAAAAAGUUCAAGAAAUUUUACCAGACUUUAUUCCACCAGAAUUUGAGUUAUAGUUUAUU